AUCAGAUUCCAAUUCAGUGUGGUGAAGAGCGAACCGGAGUGCGGACGGUACGGACGCGAAAUCUGUUAAGGCGGGCCGCAAAGCAAACGCUCGAAAAACGCAAAAUUUGUCGAUUGUCCGUUCCGCUUUUUUCUUGUGUCUGUGCUUUGCGUCGCGUGCCUGCGUGUACGUGUAAGUGUGCGUGCGCCUGUGUUUGUUUUUUGUUAUUUUUUUUAUAACCAACGACAACAACAGAAUAGAAGUAAAUAAAAUACACAAAUUAACGGUGUAUAUAUUUAAAUGUUUUGGUUUUUUUUAGUGGCGUGCCGAAUGAGCAAAAUUUGAGAAAAACGCAGUGGAAAACAUCACAAAAUAAAAAACAAACAAAAACAAAACAAGAAUAUGUUUUAAUCAAUUCAAAUUAAACCAACAAAUUGCAAGCAAUUGGAUUCAGGAUAAAAAUUUACAAAAUUUCACCACACUAACGGGAAAACUGUGAAAACAAUGCAUUUAAUCAAAGUAAAGACUAAACUCGCGCUAAAAAUGCCCGAAUUCGAAAGAAACUAGCGAAAAGCCCAAUUCAAAAAUCGCACAAUAAAUUGCAAAGUCCAAAGCAACAACAACAUAGGAACAAAUAAAACAAGAAGCAGGCAACAAAAGAGAGCCAGGCGGAGAGGAAAACAACAACGAAAACAGCAAAACGACGGCCCCAAAAUGUUGUACCAGCUAAGUAAAGCCACUACUAGAAUCCGGCUCAAAAGGCAAAAAGCCGUUCCACAACAUCGCUGGCUCUGGAGUUUAGCAUUUCUGGCAGCAUUUACACUAAAGGACGUUCGAUGUGCAGAUCUAGCCAUAAGUAUACCCAAUAAUCCCGGCCUGGACGAUGGGGCCUCCUAUCGACUGGACUAUAGUCCGCCCUUCGGUUAUCCGGAGCCCAACACGACGAUUGCCUCGCGGGAAAUCGGCGAUGAGAUUCAAUUCUCACGCGCCCUACCGGGCACCAAAUACAACUUUUGGCUGUACUACACGAACUUUACGCACCACGAUUGGCUCACCUGGACGGUGACGAUAACAACGGCUCCCGAUCCGCCGUCGAAUCUGUCCGUUCAGGUGAGAAGCGGCAAGAAUGCCAUCAUCCUAUGGUCACCGCCCACCCAGGGCAGCUAUACGGCGUUUAAGAUCAAGGUGCUCGGACUGUCGGAGGCGUCGAGCAGCUACAACCGCACCUUUCAGGUGAACGACAAUACAUUCCAGCACAGCGUCAAGGAGCUGACACCCGGAGCCACCUACCAGGUGCAGGCAUAUACCAUCUACGAUGGCAAGGAGUCGGUGGCCUACACUAGUCGCAACUUCACCACAAAGCCCAACACUCCGGGGAAAUUCAUCGUCUGGUUCCGUAAUGAGACGACACUGCUGGUCCUGUGGCAGCCGCCAUAUCCGGCGGGCAUCUACACGCACUACAAGGUAUCCAUCGAGCCGCCGGAUGCCAACGAUAGUGUGCUCUAUGUGGAAAAGGAGGGCGAACCGCCCGGACCGGCGCAGGCUGCCUUCAAGGGUCUGGUGCCCGGAAGGGCGUACAACAUAUCCGUUCAGACGAUGUCCGAGGAUGAGAUCUCAUUGCCGACGACGGCGCAAUAUCGAACGGUGCCGUUGCGUCCGCUGAACGUGACCUUUGACCGUGACUUUAUUACCUCCAAUUCGUUCCGUGUCCUGUGGGAGGCGCCCAAGGGGAUAUCCGAAUUUGACAAAUACCAGGUAUCGGUGGCCACAACACGACGCCAAUCCACAGUGCCGCGCAGCAAUGAACCGGUGGCAUUCUUUGAUUUUCGCGACAUCGCCGAACCGGGCAAGACGUUCAAUGUGAUCGUGAAGACCGUAUCCGGCAAGGUUACCUCGUGGCCAGCCACCGGGGAUGUGACACUGCGACCACUGCCCGUUCGCAAUUUGCGGAGCAUCAACGAUGACAAGACGAAUACUAUGAUCAUAACGUGGGAAGCGGAUCCGGCCAGCACGCAGGAUGAGUAUCGCAUUGUAUACCACGAACUGGAGACAUUUAAUGGUGACACCAGUACCCUGACCACGGAUCGGACUCGAUUCACACUGGAGAGCCUGCUACCCGGUCGCAACUACUCAUUGUCCGUCCAGGCGGUAUCCAAGAAGAUGGAAUCGAAUGAGACUAGCAUCUUUGUGGUCACCCGACCCUCGUCGCCCAUCAUCGAGGACUUGAAGAGCAUACGGAUGGGUCUGAACAUCAGUUGGAAGAGCGAUGUCAACUCCAAGCAGGAGCAGUACGAGGUGUUGUACUCGCGCAACGGAACCAGCGAUUUGCGAACCCAAAAGACCAAAGAGUCGCGUCUGGUGAUCAAGAAUCUGCAGCCAGGUGCUGGCUAUGAACUCAAGGUGUUUGCAGUUAGUCACGAUUUGCGCAGCGAACCACAUGCCUAUUUCCAAGCAGUUUAUCCCAAUCCACCACGCAACAUGACCAUCGAAACGGUGAGGAGUAACUCGGUGCUGGUACACUGGUCACCGCCGGAAAGCGGUGAAUUUACCGAGUACUCGAUACGCUAUCGCACGGACAGCGAACAGCAGUGGGUGCGAUUGCCCAGCGUUCGGUCCACGGAGGCGGAUAUCACCGAUAUGACCAAGGGCGAAAAGUACACCAUCCAGGUGAACACGGUCAGCUUUGGCGUAGAGAGUCCAGUGCCCCAGGAGGUGAACACGACGGUGCCGCCGAAUCCGGUGUCCAAUAUCAUUCAACUGGUGGACUCACGGAACAUUACGUUGGAGUGGCCCAAGCCAGAGGGUCGCGUGGAAUCGUACAUUCUUAAGUGGUGGCCCAGCGAUAAUCCCGGUCGUGUCCAGACCAAGAAUGUCUCCGAGAACAAGUCGGCCGACGAUUUGUCAACAGUGCGUGUCCUCAUCGGCGAACUGAUGCCCGGCGUGCAGUACAAGUUUGACAUCCAGACGACGUCGUAUGGAAUCCUGUCGGGCAUCACCAGUCUGUAUCCGCGCACCAUGCCGCUCAUCCAGUCGGACGUGGUGGUGGCCAAUGGCGAGAAGGAGGACGAGAGGGACACCAUCACUCUGAGCUACACACCCACACCGCAGUCGUCGUCCAAGUUCGAUAUCUAUCGAUUCUCUCUCGGCGAUGCCGAGAUCCGGGACAAGGAGAAGCUGGCCAACGAUACGGAUCGCAAGGUGACGUUUACGGGUCUGGUGCCUGGUCGAUUGUACAACAUCACAGUUUGGACUGUGAGCGGUGGUGUGGCCAGUUUGCCCAUACAACGACAGGAUCGCCUGUAUCCGGAACCCAUCACACAGCUGCAUGCCACCAACAUCACGGAUACGGAGAUCUCAUUGCGCUGGGAUUUGCCCAAGGGCGAGUACAAUGACUUCGAUAUUGCCUAUCUCACGGCGGACAAUCUAUUGGCCCAGAAUAUGACCACCAGGAAUGAGAUCACCAUCAGUGACCUGCGACCCCACAGGAACUACACCUUCACCGUGGUGGUACGUUCCGGCACUGAAUCGUCCGUGCUGAGGAGCAGUUCACCAUUAUCCGCUAGCUUUACGACCAAUGAAGCGGUGCCCGGGCGAGUUGAACGCUUCCAUCCCACGGAUGUUCAGCCCAGCGAGAUCAAUUUCGAGUGGUCGCUGCCAUCGAGUGAGGCAAAUGGCGUUAUUCGCCAGUUCUCGAUAGCCUAUACGAAUAUCAAUAAUCUCACGGACGCAGGCAUGCAGGACUUUGAGUCGGAGGAGGCAUUCGGUGUGAUCAAGAAUCUAAAGCCCGGCGAGACCUAUGUGUUCAAGAUUCAGGCCAAGACUGCCAUCGGUUUCGGUCCGGAGCGGGAGUACCGUCAAACGAUGCCGAUAUUAGCGCCACCACGUCCUGCCACCCAAGUGGUGCCCACCGAGGUCUAUCGCAGCUCAUCGACCAUCCAGAUUCGGUUUAGGAAGAACUACUUCUCGGAUCAAAACGGCCAGGUGCGCAUGUACACGAUCAUCGUGGCCGAGGAUGAUGCCAAGAAUGCAUCCGGCCUGGAGAUGCCCAGCUGGCUGGAUGUGCAGUCGUACAGCGUUUGGUUGCCCUAUCAGGCCAUAGAUCCGUACUAUCCAUUCGAGAAUCGAUCCGUAGAGGACUUCACCAUCGGUACGGAGAACUGUGACAACCACAAGAUCGGCUACUGCAACGGACCACUGAAAUCGGGAACCACCUAUCGGGUUAAGGUGCGGGCGUUCACCGGAGCGGAUAAGUUCACGGAUACCGCCUACAGUUUUCCCAUUCAGACAGAUCAAGACAACACCUCACUGAUUGUGGCCAUUACGGUGCCGUUAACUAUCAUCUUGGUGCUCCUGGUGACACUUUUGUUCUACAAACGACGUCGCAACAAUUGCCGUAAGACGACCAAGGAUUCGAGGGCCAACGACAAUAUGUCCCUGCCGGAUAGCGUAAUCGAGCAGAAUCGCCCCAUUCUGAUCAAGAACUUUGCCGAGCACUAUCGCCUAAUGUCCGCCGAUUCGGACUUCCGUUUCAGCGAGGAAUUCGAGGAACUGAAGCACGUUGGCCGGGAUCAGCCGUGCACUUUUGCCGAUCUACCCUGCAAUCGUCCGAAAAACAGGUUCACCAAUAUACUGCCCUACGAUCACUCACGUUUCAAGCUUCAGCCGGUGGACGAUGAUGAGGGUAGUGAUUAUAUCAAUGCCAAUUACGUGCCGGGUCACAAUUCACCGCGCGAGUUCAUCGUGACCCAGGGACCAUUGCAUUCGACACGCGAUGACUUCUGGCGAAUGUGCUGGGAGAGCAACUCGCGGGCCAUAGUCAUGCUGACCAGGUGCUUUGAGAAGGGGCGCGAGAAGUGCGACCAGUAUUGGCCAAAUGAUACGGUGCCCGUCUUCUACGGUGACAUCAAGGUGCAGAUACUCAACGACAGUCACUAUGCCGACUGGGUGAUGACCGAGUUCAUGCUAUGCAGAGGCAGCGAACAGCGCAUCCUGCGACACUUCCACUUCACCACCUGGCCGGACUUCGGUGUUCCCAAUCCGCCACAGACACUGGUGCGCUUUGUGCGCGCAUUCCGCGAUCGAAUUGGUGCGGAACAGCGACCCAUUGUGGUCCAUUGUAGCGCCGGUGUGGGAAGGUCGGGCACCUUCAUCACCCUGGAUCGCAUCCUGCAACAGAUCAACACGUCUGACUAUGUGGACAUAUUUGGCAUAGUAUAUGCCAUGCGCAAGGAGCGCGUUUGGAUGGUGCAGACGGAGCAGCAGUAUAUCUGCAUCCACCAGUGCCUGCUGGCGGUGCUCGAGGGGAAGGAGAACAUCGUGGGUCCCGCUCGCGAGAUGCACGACAACGAGGGCUAUGAAGGCCAACAAGUGCAGCUGGACGAGAACGGUGAUGUGGUGGCCACCAUUGAGGGUCACCUGUCGCAUCAUGAUCUGCAGCAGGCCGAGGCGGAGGCCAUUGACGAUGAGAAUGCGGCGAUACUCCAUGAUGACCAGCAGCCGCUGACCAGUAGCUUUACUGGACACCACACUCACAUGCCGCCCACCACAUCGAUGAGCUCAUUUGGCGGCGGAGGUGGAGGCCAUACAAAUGUGGAUGCACCGGAUAGAUGACAUUCGGUUGUCAACCAGAGUGAUAACAACAAUUCGGUGGUUAUCGUCCUGGUUGACAACAAGCCCAGCUCGAUGAUCUGCAAGGAUAGCAAGGGCGGCAACAUCGAUGUGCUCGAAUCGCAGCAGCAGCAGCAGCAGCAACAGCAACAGCAGCCCAACCAGGGAGGCCACAACAUAACCACCAUAUCCGCCAUCAACGGCUACAAUACGCUACAGCAUAGACGGAAAUCCCAGCUGAUAACGUUCAGCUCGUCAUCCUGUGAUAUCAAGAACAGUCUUAGUCAUGAGUACAUCAAUGGAUCCAAUGGAUCGGCAGCUAAUGGUCCACCCAGUUCCGGUUCUGGUUCCGGUUCCGGUCCAGGCAGCAAUCGGGCCAGUCGCGCCAAUGUCCGAUUAAGUUUCGCCGAGGAAGAUGUAAUGAUCUUGCCACAAAACCACAGUCAGCAAUCCAAUCAUCAAGAUGACGAGGUCUUCACGCGACGUCGUUCGCUUUUGGAAGUGGAAAUCGGUGUGGAGGUAGGCGAAGAUGGUGAACUUGCACCCCACGAAAUGGAAGAGGAUCUCGAAGAGGAGGACGAGGAUGAGGAGCUGUAUAUGCACGAUGAGUUCGAGACCCACAUCGAUACCAAGUCGAAUAAUGCCAACGAUGACAGCGGUGGCGGCAGCUACGAGGACUCCCAUGCCCUGCACUCCUCGCUGGGGGGCAGUAAUCGAAAUAGUCUGGAAAAGGAUGACGACGACAUCGAGGUGGAUGUGAUCAGCACAGACGUUAGCUGUUACGAUCAACUGCUCGGCAGCAGUUGCAACACGCGGAACGGCGAUGAUGACGACAUAGCCACGCUGGUCGGCGAUGGCGACUAUUCCACCACGAAACUCAGCAAGGCAUCCAGAUUAUCCGGCGCUGGAGUCGGCGGACUAGUGGUCAGCGGGGGAGGAGGUGGAACUGCAAUCGGCGGUGGAAUCGCUGUUAACGGUGGUGGUGUUUUGGGAAAUGGUGUUGGUUCCGAGGCUGGCGGCGGCAUCAUCUAUGCCAAUCCGUUUAUGGAUGACGAGGGCAUUGCAGAGUCGGGCAUGUAAAGCCAUUCCAAAACCCAAUACUCCAGCCAAUCCAAGCCAGCCAGCCAGCCAACCAAGCAACUGAACUCAACUCAACCGAAUGGAAACCCAACCCAACCCAACAGAACCCAACCAUCUUGUGGCAACUACAUUAUUAUUUACUUAAGGGACGAAGUGCGAAGAGAGCGCGGAGGAGGAUCAACGCUUGAUAUUAUACUUGGAUAUAUGUGUACUACACUGGAUACUACUGGAUAUAUAUAUAUAUAUAUACUCUACACCGCGAUCUAUCGAAUGGGAAUGCAGCAAUCUCGCCAAACAGAACGAACACGCAUCAAUUUAUACAUUUUAUAUAUAUAUAAAGAUAUAUAUAUCUAAGAUAACGAGGAAUCGGCGUACAAUGUAACCGCAAUUGCCGCUUCAAACCGACGGCAAUACUAAAUACUGGAAUACUGAUUGUAUUUUUACGCUAGCCACAAUUUGAUAUAAACUAUAUAUCUUCCAAUUUUUUUGUACACCUAAUGUUAGUUGAAAUAUGUGAGCGAGACGAGCAAAUUUUUGUAGCAAACUAAAAGCGCUAAAUGUUUACUUUUUUAUAUUAUUAUAUAUAUAAAUACUUGAUAAACAUAUACCUAAUAUUAGAUCUAAACUAAACUAACUAUAAAUCGCACACACUCAUACACUCACACAAAAACACAAUGCAAUAAUUGAGUUACAUAGUUUUAAACAAAUGUUAAAACAUUUUGCUGCAACCGUCGGAGAUGUAGUGUACAAUUUUUAGUUUCUCGUAUUAUUUUUUUUUUUAUGUCUGUUUUGUGUUUAAAUUUUUUGUAACUUUUUACAAAGCGUAAACUGUGUAUGUAUGUGCUACAUUGAUUUUUGUUUAAUUAUAUCAAGUUUUUAUUUAAAAAAUCGAACACCACCUUGCAUUCUCCUCAUUUGAACGUGGCGCUCACACUUAUUACUUAUAUAGGUCAAAUACAGCGGGCUCUGGUGAUCAAUCCAAUCAGCAGAAAGUAAUGAAAAACACCGAAGUUAAUGUUUAAACAUAAACACACAAUGAGAAAAGAGUCGUGUUUCCAUAUUCACUUGAUUUAAUCGGCAUGCGAUGUUACUCACAGCGAAAGGAAAUUCAGCAAGCUUGAAUCGAUAAAAUUGUUGUAUAUAUUAAAUAGUUUAACACUGUGUAAUUUUAUUUAUCCUAGCUCGAUUCUAAGUGCUUGCGUAAAUGAUCAUUUAAAUUUUCUAACCCGAAAGAACUUAUUUAUUGGUUUAUUUAUACAAAAUUGAAAUGAAGUGCAUAUGGAAACACAACUCAAAAACAGACAGCACAAAUAGAACAACAGGAACAAAUGACCAACGCAUUUCGAAAGGCGAUAAUCAUUUACACGAAAAACCAAUAUAAUUAAACAGAAUCCCACGCAAACUGAAGACUAACUAACAACCAAGUUAAGGGCUAGUUAAUGGAGCCGGUGCCAAAGCAAAAAAGGAAAAAUGAUAACAACACCUACACACACGACAACUAAAUGUAACAAUAGCAAUACAUUUUAAUGAAAAUUGUAGUCCAAAUAAUUUGCAUACAUUUGUAUUUUGUCCAAACUUAGUUGAAAUGAUUAACCGAACUGUGAAAGAGUGCAAUAGAAAUCGUUUUGCUUCUAGAUUAGUGAAAAAUACAACGAAGCCCCUAAUUUGAAUACGAAGCAACCCAAAAUCCCCGCCCUCCCGUAAUAACAAUAAAUACAUAUGCAUAAUUAUGCAAAAGUUUGAGAAGAUGAAACUAGAAAGUCUGUAUAAUGCAUACAUAAUAUACGACUCCAUUAUACACACACACACGCAUACUAAGGCCGAUGAAUAACAUAUGCAUAUACAAUAUAGACAUAUAUUAAAUAUAUAUCAUUGUAAUAAUUUGUAAUGUUUAUCAGUAGAAUUAUGAUCCGAGGUGGAGCAGACGAGUAAAACGCAUGCAGAGAUCCAUUAAAGUGUACUGUAAAAUGUGCCAC